CACGCCGACAUGAAUGAACCGCACCAAAAGCGGGAUUAUGUCUACCUUACAUUCCAAAGCGCCUCACGCUUCCACCGCAGCAAAUAAUGAGAAGAAAAGGAAAAGGGAAAAAACCAAAGGGCCUGACAAAAUCUGAAAAAGAGGGCUCCUUCAUUCUGGAAUAUUGCGGAAGAAGUCAUUUGCGACAGAGAGACAGAAAGGGAAAUAAAGCCGGUGCGUCGAGCCGGGCAAUGAGUGGCUUUUGGUUUUGAUGGAGUUGAAUGGAGACCUGCAGGGUCUCAUCGAGAGGGCUUGGGCGCUGAAAGACGCCAUCGAUGGCGAAAUCAACAACAGUUUCGGGUAUUGCAGCUUCUGCUCGCGACAUGGCCACAACUGCGACAUUGCAGGGACGGCAUAUAAGGAGAGAGAGAGGCUCUCUGCCAUAAGAGAUUCAUUGAAGAAUGUGGAAUCCAUGCUCAUGUACUUGCAGAGGCUACGGAGCUGGCAGCACUUGGAACGACACGCAGCGCUUGCUCGGUUGGAAGAUAGCAGAUCGGUCCUCCUUGAAAAUGUGAGCCAAUAUCAAGGAAGGCCUCUCGACGUGGUGCGAGAAUUAAACGCGUGUUUCAGCGACCGAAAAAUGGUGUUCAACAAGAUCAAAUCGAGAGAUCAAAAGGAGAAAAGAAACGACAAUCCGGCCGACCUCAAGCCUCACAAAAGGCCGGGACUAGGCUUCAUCGCCUGUUGCUUUAAGCUACUGCUCAGUCCAUGGAAAUGGCAGGAGGCCGUCGGGAUUGCAGUGAAACUAGUCGUUGUCUCCGCUAGCAUUUCGUCAACGAUGUCUUUCAUAAGUUGCAAGCAGCAGAAAUGGAGUUCCAGUAAAGAAUUUGUGUCACUGAGGGACCCAACAGAAGGAGGGAAAGAUGGCAGUUUGGUAGGCAUUUCAAAGAGGCCUCUGCAUGUUUUGAAUGGCAGGGGAUGACUGCGUGGCUACUAAUUCAUUAAUUCAUUGAAUGCAUCGAGCUUAUAGCUUCUGUUUUUGUCCUAGAAAAUAUCUUUUCUACAGUUUUCAAGGAUGCAUGGUGUGUGAUCUGAUAAUGAUACUCUGUUGUAUAAAAUACCGGGGCAAGAAUCCUUUAUGAAAUAAACGGAUUUUUUUUUUCCGCUUUA